AUGUCAUCAAGAGAUUUACCAAAAUCAUUUAAUGAGCUAGCAUUUAGUUGGAGAAGACAUCUCAACGAUGAAGUGACACUUCGUAGAAGACGUGGACCCGAUAUCGAACUUUCAUCCGACUCUGAGGCAACUGAUAAGAAAAAAGAUAAGGUGCAGAUGAAAACCCUCUGGCCUGCUUUUUGCUCUGGGGCAGGGUUAUUUUCUGAUGGUUACGUUAAUAAUUCGAUUGGGACUGUGUCAACCUGUUUGAAAUCGAUUUACGGAGAUGCAUAUUCCAAAUCUAAUGCCAUAUCGAAUGUUUCUUCGAUUGCUUUUGCAGGUACUGUUGUGGGGCAAUUGGUUUUCGGGUAUAUUUCUGAUAACAUUGCCAGAAAAGGAGGUAUGCUCAGUGCUAACAUUAUGUUGAUUUUUUUCACAUUAUUAUGUACGGUUGGAACUUGGGAGAGAAAUGGGGAUCCUACUUCAUUAUUCACUGCACUUACAGUUUUCCGUUUUUUCUUAGGGAUUGGAAUUGGUGCUGAAUAUCCUACUGCUUCGGUUAUUGCAUCAGAAUUUGCUAAUCAGUUACCUGAAGGCAAGAGAAACCGUUAUUUUGUUUGGUUUACGAAUUUCAUGAUUGAUACUGGUUUCGUUGUAAGUGCUUUUGUUCCGUUGGUCUGUCUUUGGAUAUUCAGAGAACAUAACUUGGAACCAGUAUGGAGAUUGACUUUAGGUAUAGGUGCGAUUCCACCCAUUUCUUUAUUUUUCAUGAGAUUGAAGAUGAAAGAUAGUGAAUCAUUUCAAAAAAUGAGUAUGAAAAAGGUCAAGAAGGUUCCUUAUCUAUUGAUAUUGAAAUUCUACUGGUUUAGAUUGACCAUUGUUUCUUUAAUCUGGUUUAUUUAUGAUUUCUCAGCCUACUCCUUUGGUAUUUAUUCAUCAGUCAUUCUUCAGCAUGUUGUUCCUGAUGGAAAUUUAUACCAGACCUUCGGAUGGAAUGUUGUAUUUAACUUGUUUUACAUUCCUGGUGCAUUUUUAGGAGCAUUACUCUCGGAUUACAUUGGGCCUAGAUUUAGUAUCGUUCUAGGUACCUUUUUACAAGGCAUCGUUGGGUUUAUCAUGUCUGGCUGCUAUCCAAAAUUGAAAGAGCAUAUUGGUGCGUUUGUUGUUGUUUAUGGUAUAUUUUCUACCUUGGGUGAAUUAGGUCCAGGUGAUAAUAUUGGAGCAGUAGCUUCUAAAACGAGUGCAACUUCUGUACGUGGGACCUAUUAUGGUAUUGCUGCCGCAAUGGGAAAAAUCGGUGCAUUUGUUGGUACUUAUGUUUUCCCUAUUAUCAUUAAGAAUGCUGGUGGUGAAGAAACUGAUAAAGGUAACCAGGCACCUUUUUAUGUUUCAUCAGCGUUAUGUAUGUUUUCAGCUUUUUUGGCUUUAUUUUUCUGUCCAUCAGUUGGACAGAAUGCAAUCAACCAAGAGGACUACGAUUUCAUUAAUUAUCUUAAGGCCAAUAAUUACGACGUUAGUCAAAUAGGUGAUGGUUCUUUUGAUAGCGACAACGGCAUUGAAGAAGUCUUUGUUAAUGAUAAGGAAAAAAAGUCUGAGGGUAUUAAUGUUGAGUCAGAUGUAGAAUCUUCUGAUUAG